UGUUACCAAAAGAUUGUUUGGAGUUUUUGCAGCGCUUAAAGUAUUGUUGCUGUUGUUGUGCUUACAAUCUCGCGUCGCGCCAACACGCUGCGCACCUUGACGGUUUCGCGCUACGCUACAGAUACAGGGAGCUUGUGCGCUACACCAACCGCCAACGACCAACAGCCCCGGACUCCUCACCUACCAUCACUAGCGAUCGCCGCGCCGGUCGGCAACCGUUAGCCGGGGUACUCCAAGCUUGUCAAGCUCGUCGGGCUUCUGUCCGACGACAUCCAAUACUUUGUCCUUCGCCAUGAGGAGAUCUGAGCGUCCUCGUCGUAUCGACGAUUCCCUUCGGUUCAACACCUACCACAGCGAUCGUGACUUCCCAUCGGGCCCUGCCACUGCCCCGCUCGGUUCGCCAAGGGAAACCCGAAGCCACGAAACCCGAAGCCACGAAACCCGAAGCCACGUCGGCAGGCUCGAGAGGGACCGCGACCGCGACCGAGAAAGGGAUCGAGACCGCGAACGUCCGAAACCACGUCUUGUCGAGUCAGCUUCAACUAUUUCAUCGCAUUACCCUUCUUCUCGUCGUCGGCAGGACAGUCUCGAGCAUGUUCCCAGGCAUGCGCGCACGCGAUCGCUUUCAGUGCCCAGGUCUUUCUCCCCGCCACCAUCCGAUGAUGAAACACCAGCACAGGACUCGGACGAGGAAAGGCGCAGGCUGAAAGCCAGGCAUACGCUGAAGACAAAGACUCGAGAGCGAGAGCAUUAUCCUUCCGGAUCCCACCACCGUCCGUCGCUUCAGUACUACAAGAACGAUCGAGCGAGUUUAUCAAGUCCUAGGCUAGCUGGUUGGCCAAGUGCCGGUUCAAGACCACCAUCUAGGUCACCUGAGCCAGUUCGGCCUAAAAGAAUGGACAGAGAGCUUAGGAGGGAUCUGUUUGAUCGUGCUUCGUUUCACCAGCUCAACGAUGAUCGGGACUCGCUGUUUUCUACGCCUUCGGAGCCGAACUUGCGGGCGAGGCUAAAUAUCGGCGUGGAUGAUGGCCAUGUUGGACCGGGAUUGGUGAGCCCGAGAAAGCCUAGUGCGCUAGCAAGGAGUACAAGUGGUACAGGGGCGUUUGAGUAUGAAGGGAGACAAGGAGGGUUGAGUUUAAGGAAGCCGGGUACCUCUUCCAGGGCUCCUAGUGUUGCGCCUUCGUAUCGACAUCCUGCCCCGGAGAACGCCCAGUACGCAGAGGUCCGCGUCCUCAUCCUGACUUGGGCCUUCCACGACCUGAAGGUCAGCGAUAGCGACUCACAUCCGUACAUGUUCGGCCCCGGCAGCGAGUUUGUGUCCCUUGAAGAAGAGACGCGACGACUCCGGGAUACCUUCGAAUCUUAUGGGUAUACAGUAGACGACUGGUUGAUUCCCAUGCGAGAUCCACUAAAAGCUAUGUUGACCAAAUUGGCGCAGUUUAGCAAAUGGGCGAAUGACGAGACGCUUUUGAUUGUGUACUACCAUGGACAUGGAAGCUUGGAUGAGAGAAGCGAGUUGGUCUUCAGCAGCCACGAACAUCCGACAGAUGCGCAGUGGGCGCAAACAGCUGCGGCAGAACUUUAUGCUGCGAUUUUGAACCAGGAUGCGUGUACGCAUCUUGGAAAGCCUACGACGCCUUAUCAUGAGUUGAUGAAGAAGUAUGAGCGCUACCGCCCAAUCUCCAAAGUGAAAUGGUCCGACAUCCGAUCCACCAUCCUCGGUAUUAACUCCGAUCUCUUGCUCAUUCUCGACUGUUGCGCUGCUGGCGGCGCCAAUCUCGACAUGGAACACUCUGACGCCACCGACACCUACCACACCGAAGGACCUAGCGGCAAGAUCUACACCAAGCACCUCUUCGCAGCCUGCGGUUUCGAGUCCAGUACCAGUGACGACAUGACCAGCGCUAUGUGUGACGUUCUCGACGAAUGGCCAGGCCCGGACGACGCUGGGUUGGAAACUAGUGGGAUGUUGGUAUCAAGUCACGGCGGUGGACCAAGCGGACAUGGAGGGUACUCGGGCAAGUGGCUCACAACUCGGAAACUCCACCAAAUCGUCGAAUCGAAACUUCAGCGUGAUGCCGCCAUGACAGCAGUGGGUCUCAGAAGUGCCAGUCAACCGAUCUUCAAGCAAUUACUACCCGUGGACUUGCCAGAGCGGUAUAUCACGCUGCCAAACUUGCAGGGGAGACGAAGCUCAAGUCGAAACCAGAGCCGCGGACGGAACCGGUCUUCUCAUCACAGUCAGGCUGCGAGUACCGCGGAUCAUGAUACCAUUGUCGGCAGCGCCAUGAACGGAGGAGUAGAGUACGGGAUCGACGAGGGGAUCCCUGGGAGUGCAACGCAAGUCGGUCUAGGAACAGCGAGGAGUCGAAGCCGGUUUUCUGCGAGGGACCUGAGUCUGGGAAGGAUAUCAACUCGGGCAGAGAGAGAUCGGGAGAGUGGAUUGAGAGAGCGGGAUGGGAGUGUACGGGAUAGCGGAAGGGACAGAGAGGGGAGUAUCAGAGAGCGAGAGAGGGAGCGGGAUAGAGAGAGUCAUCGGGAUAGGGAUAGGGAGCGAGAGGAAAGGGAUGAGGGUUGGGAUGUGGUUAGCAUGCGAGAGGGCUUGAGGGAGCGGGAUGGAAGCGUUAGGGAGAGUGGGAGGGACCGGGAUCGUGAGAGGGAGAGGGGGAGGGACUGGCAAUGAUGAUACGAGGGGACGCGACCGCGAUUGGAUGUAGUAAUGAUGAUAUGAUGCUCAAGGUCAGGAACGGGACAUGGUGGUAACGGGGUAUAUGGGUCGUUGAGGACAGGUUAUAGCGGGUCCGGCCAUGUUGGUAACGAUAUGCAGCCAAUGGGUCUCCUUGUCACGGAUUAGUUCUGGAUAUCAGGGAGUGUGGGAGUUUCGGGUGCUCGUCAAGCUGUUUCUUGGAUUGAUCUUUUUCUCAUGUU